GUUUAUCAUGCCUGCCAACGCCUUCAGCGUGAACCCACGCGACGUCAGCAUCUGUACGUGAAUACAGACGGACUCCACGCUCUGUCGUAGGUUUUUUUCGCCUUCUUUUUGCUUCGCACGGGGCCAUGUCUGCUCCACGCUCCAGUCAUCCACCCUCCUCCCCCCGCGUCGACACACGGACACGCCGCUAGGGCUACUACUUGCCGUAGUACGUAGUAGAAGAGGCAUCUUUGUCCCCCUGUCUGUACUGUACCCACUAGAAGAGAAGAUGCACCCCCCGCCAUGACCUCGUCUUCCUCCUCCUGAUUGUAUCGAAAUUCGCUAAAUGGGAUUCACCAGCGUUUCCACAGCAACCUGCACUUAUUCGACAAAUGAGGACGAGCGAGAGGAUUUAUUAACACGUCUCUGAUUUGACUCGGGCGUUAUCUCAAGGAAAAAGGUCUGCACAUGGGGGGUGUCAAGAGUAAGCCGAAGGAACCGGGCCAGCGCUCCAUGAGCGUGGACGGCACCAUCAGCACGGGCUCUGACAGCGGACACUUCCACCACCUGGGCCCCGCCCAGCAGACCCAAACUCCGAACAGGAGCCCUGCGGUAGGCACGGGACGGCGGUGCUAUCAGGGGUAUCAGCACGCCCCCGCCAACACUCCCGAGCUAGCGCUUUUUGGAGGAGUGGACCGCACUGGCGCGGUCACCUCACCUCAGAGAGGACCUUUAUCAGGAGGUGUCACUACUUUCGUGGCGCUGUAUGACUAUGAAUCACGGACAGCAUCUGAUCUGACCUUUCGGAAAGGCGACAGGCUGCAGAUUGUCAACAACACGAAAAAGUACAGCUUCAGGGAAGGCGACUGGUGGCUGGCUCGCUCCCUGACGACUGGAGAAAGCGGUUACAUCCCCAGCAACUACGUGGCGCCGUCAGACUCCAUUCAAGCCGAAGAGUGGUAUUUUGGGAAGAUCACUCGGCGGGAUUCGGAACGGAUCCUUUUGAAUUUACAAAACAGGCGAGGUACCUUCCUGGUGAGGGAGAGCGAGACGACGAAAGGAGCUUACUGCCUUUCAGUGUUGGAUUAUGACAACACCAAAGGCCUGAAUGUGAAACAUUACAAAAUCAGGAAGCUGGACAGCGGCGGCUUUUACAUCACGUCGCGCACACAGUUCACCAGCCUGCAGCAACUCGUCUUCCAUUAUCGUAAGCACUCCGAUGGGCUAUGCCACGCCCUGACCGACGUGUGCCCAGUGGCUAAGCCUCAGACGCAGGGACUGGCUCGAGAUGCCUGGGAGAUCCCUCGAGAGUCCCUCCGUCUCGACCUGAAACUUGGUCAGGGCUGCUUUGGAGAGGUUUGGAUGGGCACGUGGAACGGUACGACGCGGGUGGCUAUCAAGACCCUAAAACCAGGCACCAUGUCGCCAGAGGCCUUCCUGCAGGAAGCUCAGGUCAUGAAGAAGCUCCGGCACGAGAAGCUCGUCCAACUCUACGCCGUGGUGUCCGAAGAACCCAUCUACAUUGUCACGGAGUACAUGAGCCAAGGCAGUCUACUGGACUUCCUUAAAGGAGAAGCGGGCAAAAUGCUUCGACUGCCUCAGUUGGUGGACAUGGCAGCUCAGAUCGCAGCAGGGAUGGCGUACGUGGAAAGGAUGAACUACGUGCACCGAGAUCUGCGCGCUGCCAACAUCCUGGUGGGAGACAACCUGGUGUGCAAGGUGGCCGAUUUUGGCCUUGCCAGACUCAUUGAAGACAAUGAGUACACUGCCAGACAGGGAGCAAAAUUUCCUAUCAAGUGGACGGCUCCUGAAGCAGCUCUUUACGGGCGUUUCACCAUCAAGUCAGACGUGUGGUCCUUCGGGGUUCUUCUUACAGAACUAGCAACCAAAGGCCGAGUACCUUAUCCAGGCAUGGUGAACCGCGAGGUCCUGGACCAAGUGGAGCGCGGCUACCGGAUGCCAUGUCCGUCCGAGUGUCCCGGUUCCCUGCACGAGCUCAUGCUGUCCUGCUGGCGGAAGGACCCAGAAGAGAGGCCCACUUUUGAGUACCUGCAGGGCUUUUUGGAGGACUACUUCACCUCCACGGAACCUCAGUACCAACCAGGGGAGAACCUAUAGAACAGCGCACUCUACUUCAUUCACACGCACAACGACACACGCAUACACUCAAAACAAAUUCAGUCUGCACUAAAAAACCUCAGAGGAACAUGGGAACCUGUGAGGGAGCAUCGGUGUUGUUGCGGAAGGUACUUUUUGGACUUCAGGACACACUCAGGCUUUGAGACUGACUCAUGGGUGCCAAAAGCCCGUUUUACACUUCCUGUAAAAGAGAGGCAUGGAUAAAGUUGGAAAUAUUCCAAAGUGGAAACUUUCUGUGGGAAUUACUUCAAGCUGAAGCAUAAAUAUUACCUUUUUUUUCUCGUAAAUGGACCGCCACACAAAAAUACUCGCUAAAUGUUCUUCGAUAACUUUAUAUCUUCCUCAGCUGAUGUCAAAAUGUAACCCUUCAUAAGGAAAAUGAUUACUUUUGGUAAUUAAAAAAAAUCUCAGACAUCAUAUUUGGUAAGGUAGGCCACAAUAUUAACAUUAGGUACACAAGUGUGCCUUUCAUAUCUCUAAAUGUGAUGUUCACAUAUGUGGACACCAGGUCUCAAUUAUAUAUGCUAGUAAUCAUUAUUUUACACACAUUUUUUUCUUUUGAUUAAAUGAAAUUAACAAUUAGUAAAAUGUUAAUAAAAACUAAAAUGAAUAAAAACUGAAACCCACUCUGGUUAUGGUCCCCAAUAACACUUUUAACAUAUUUUUUCCCCCAUUCAUAGUAUUUUAACUCUUUGGCUGCCCUUCACGACGUUAGAUAUCCAAUCCAUUUGGGCCGGGGCCCUCCCAGUCAAAACGGAUUAGAAGUCUAGUGCUAUCAAUGGCAGCUAAUGAGUUAAAUGAGGGCCACAUAAAGGGUUAAAUGUGUUACAUGCGUUUUGAGUGUCAUCACCGGACAGAAAAUCUCUACAAAAUCACUUUUUCCGCUGACAAAAAUAAAAUCUGCAUUUUAUUAUGAACAUGCGAGUUUUCUGCUCCAUAACAAUAUUUGUCAACCAAAAUAAGUAUAGAUUUCUGUAAAUUGAAUUAGUUUUGACGUAUAUGGUUUUGUGAUAUGUCAACAAUGUUUAUAACAGUUUAUAGAGUACUCAUUUAAAUACUAUUAAAAAAAAAAAAAAUCAACAUCCAUGUUUCUAGUGUUCAGUUUUUAUUCGUCGGAAUUUGUAGCUAAUUUUUUUUUUUUUUUUAAUGAAUUUACAGUACCGUUCAAGAGUUUUGCAUUAAAAAUCACACUUUAAUUUAUCAAAUGAGAUACAAAAUGAACAGAAAAUAUAGUCAAUACAUUAAAAGUGUUAGAAAUGAUACAAAUUUAUUUGAAUAAUCUCAAGAUCUCAACCCCAUUAAGGUAUAGUGGGAGCAGCUUAACCGCAAGGUAACGAAGAAGUGCCCAUCAAGCCGAUCAAAUGUAUGGGAAGGGCUUCUGGAAUGGUGGGCUCAAAUUUCUCCACAUUACCUCAAUAAAUUGACAGCUAAAAUGCCAACGGUCCUCAAUGCUGUAAAUGCUACAAAUGGAGUAUUCUUUGCCGAAGGCUAGGUUUAAAGCAGAAAGUUAUUGUUUCAGAAUAAAAUCAUUCUUAACCUAGCCAAUGUCUUGACAAUAUUUUCUAUUUGUUUUGCAACUCAUUUGAUAGGUAAAAGUGUAUCAUUUUAUGAAAAAACCAAAACUGUCUGUAUGACUGACCCCAAACGUUUGGACGGUAGUGUAUACAUUUAUUUAAGAAAUGGUAUAUAUUGAAAAAUUACUUCUAAAAACCAUUUCAAAAAAUAAUACACACUGCACGGUAAUUAAUGCAAAUAUUUUUUUAAAUAUCAUUAAAGUUGAGUGUUUUAAAUAACCAAAAAUAGUCACUUGCACCAUAAAAAGUUAAAAGUGACAACUCUGACAAGUAGUAGUCUGGCAUAAAACAGUUUGAUUUCACGGGCCACACACAAUGACGUGGCGGGCCUUCAGGCUGCAAGUUUUGACACCAUGUUCUAGAAUAUGAUUGGGUUAAUUUUUUUUUUUUUACCCCUCUAUUUAUUCGAACGUCAUUGCACCCAAAGCCCACUUUACUCAAAUUUAGGUGGAUAAAAAGUGGACAAAAAGAGUUAACCACCGACAGUCAAAAUUUUUAAGUCAAGUUCCCAGCGUACUUGCUUGAAAUUUUCUCAAUUUUCACAUUUUUAAGUUAAUCCAUGUUAAUUUCCAUGAAAGGUUUCCAACUUUGAACAUUGCCAUAAAUUGGGGUAUCACAUGAAAAACUGAACACUGAAUUUUCCAGUCCAGAUGUACUGAAAACUAUGUUGGUGCAAGGUUUUCCAGGUUUCGCGUUCAAAAUGGUUGCUAUUUUGCGUACCAUCUACUGCCAUUUUACAGGAUUCUUGCAUAACAGUGAGCGCUUCAAAGCCGUUUGAGCAUUUAUUCCUUAUCCUUGCUAUCCGGGUUGAGGUUUUAUUCAAGACAAUGGUAAAGGGCACUUGAGGGCAGUGAAGCUCAGGACUGAAAAAUGAACUUCCUGAUUCCAGUUAGCAGAGGAAAUACACAAACGUGAGAGCCGAAUGUGGAAAGAGGAAAUCCGAAUACAAGUGCGCUCAUGCGUGGAUUUGGAAAGCAUGCUUUUUGUGCUGCGUUUGUGACGACGAUGACGUUGUACAUCCUCAACCACACUGUAUUUACUUGAAGCUACAUGGAUGCCGUCCAAUUGCUUGACAAAGGCUUUUCGUUUUGUCCAUCUCAUCCAGUCGUCGCACUGUACACAAUAGUUGCUUUUGUAUCAUAAUGGUAGAUACGCUGGAUGGCCAUCGCUCGUGCCAUUUUUUUUUUAAGGUUGUUUGGUAGUUAUGCUCACUUUAGGUUGCUGUCAAUCUAAAUGUAAGCAGCAAUAGCACUCCAUUUGAGCGCCUUGAAAGGUGGAAAAGCGCUAUAUAAGUAUAACACCAUUUACCAUUUACCAUGUACAAAAAGGCCCAAAAGGGAGGUUGAUUGGAAAAGUCUACAAACCCCAGUUCAAACAUUUUAGGUGGCUCACAGUCCCUACACCCAAAGAAAAUUCAUUUUAAUACUUUAUUGAAAAAAAUGAGAUAUAAAGUACUAUUUUUAUCUACCCUAUUUUUUUUUCUUUUUAUUUCAAUACAGGUCUGGCAUUUGUACAACAGUGUGUAGACUUUUUAUAUCCAUGAUGAUGAGGGGUGGAGAACCAACUAUAGUAAAUUUGAAACAUAAUUACUAAAAAAUUUUAUUCAUUUGAUAACAUUUAACGUGUUUUCAAUUUAUUUUUAUUUACCGGUAGUAAAUAUUUUAAUUUAUCAUGAAUUAAAUAGUUAAAGUAGCAGUAUAUUUUUAAAAUAUGAACAAUAACAUACUGCAUUGGCUACAAAACAGGGGGCUCUAAAUCAUCCAGGGGCUGCUAAAGAGCUGGGGUGUUCUGAGUUACGGCAAAGGAGUAGUUCAGAAGAUUUAAUUGCUAACUUCUCAAAAAGCACCAUGUAAGUCUCAUUAACCUGUGCUGUGGUAGCUUCUUUUUUUUUUUUUUUUUUUUCUUUCAA